AGCUCUCUUUAUCCGGCCCUUCAUGCUGCUAUUAGAUGAGCCCACCAACCACCUGGACCUGGAUGCCUGUGUUUGGUUAGAAGAAGAGCUGAAGACCUUCAAGCGAAUUCUGGUCCUCGUCUCCCAUUCCCAGGACUUCCUGAAUGGUGUUUGUACUAAUAUCAUCCACAUGCAUAAUCGGAAGCUCAAGUAUUACACAGGAAAUUAUGACCAGUAUGUGAAGACCCGACUGGAACUGGAAGAGAAUCAAAUGAAGCGUUUCCACUGGGAACAGGAUCAGAUUGCUCACAUGAAGAACUACAUUGCUCGAUUUGGUCAUGGCAGUGCCAAGCUAGCCCGUCAGGCCCAGAGCAAGGAGAAGACACUGCAGAAGAUGAUGGCCUCAGGGCUGACUGAGAGGGUUGUUAGUGAUAAGACACUUUCAUUUUAUUUCCCGCCGUGUGGGAAGAUUCCUCCACCUGUUAUCAUGGUGCAGAAUGUGAGCUUCAAGUACACAGAUGAUGGGCCCUGUAUCUAUAACAACUUGGAGUUUGGAAUUGACCUGGAUACACGUGUGGCUCUAGUGGGGCCCAAUGGAGCUGGAAAAUCAACCUUGUUGAAGCUGCUAACAGGAGAGCUGCUGCCCACAGAUGGGAUGAUUCGAAAACACUCUCAUGUCAAAAUUGGCCGAUAUCAUCAGCAUUUACAAGAGCAGCUGGACUUGGAUCUGUCCCCCUUAGAAUAUAUGCUGAAGUGCUACCCAGAGAUCAAAGAGAAGGAGGAGAUGAGGAAGAUCAUUGGCCGAUAUGGCCUAACUGGAAAGCAGCAGGUGAGCCCCAUCCGAAACCUUUCAGAUGGGCAGAAGU